AUGGCCGCUGAUGUACGUGAAUCAGUAGCUGCUACUAACCGAGUAGCUGAACGUCUUGAUCGUCAGAAUGGAAUUGAAAAUAACCAUGGGCCUAGACAAGAAAAUGAAAAUGGCGAAGAAGGUGAAGCUGGACUACGUAACCGGCCCAUGACUCUAGCCACUUUCUUGAAGAUAAAUCCGCCUCAAUUCCAUGGGAACACUAGUGCUACACGAGCUGAUGACUGGUUUAAAGAAAUAGGACGAGCAAUGCGAGCCCAACAAGUCCCUGAAGGACAGCGAGUGGAAUUUGCUGCUUAUAUGUUGAGGAAUGACGCGCAACAUUGGUGGCAGGGAAUACUCCAACUACUAGGAAGAGAAGCUAUUGACAUCUCCUGGGAGGAAUUUUCAGUUGAAUUUUAUAAGAAGUAUUUUCCUGAGUGUUCUCGCACCGCUAAGGAAUUGGAGUUGCUUCAGUUGAAACAAGAAAACAUGACAGUCAGUGAGUACACUCGCAAGUUUGAAGAGUUAUGCCGGUUCUCGAAUAUUUGUCAAGGAGCACCAGCUGCAUUCGAGAAAUGGAAGUGCAUCAAGUUCGAAGGAGGACUUAGAGAAGAACUGUUAGCUCAUGUGGGCCCGAUGGAAAUACAGAAUUUUGCAGAAUUAGUUAACAAGAGCCAACUGACGGAGGAAUGUGUAAAGAAGCUGGUGGCAGCACAAACUAAGCACAGGAACCUUCCAACAAGGGAUUUCAAUCGUAACCUCGCUCCUCAAGGAAGAAACUUCAAGGUAACUCGGCAGCCGGACUUAGGCAAACAAUUGCAAUCGACCCAACCAAGACUGAUAUGCACUGUGUGUGGAAGGAAUCAUGGGGGAAAACCCUGCUUGCUGAAGUCUGGGAUUUGCUAUAAUUGCGAAAAGCCCGAACAUAUAGCCAAAGAAUGCAUUCGACGAAAGCCUGAAUUUGGUUUCCCUGGAUAG